AUGGCUCCUCUGGAAGAACACGAAGUCACGUACGGCGACAACAAGAAGAUUUUCUACCAUGCUUCCGGUCCUUCCGACGGCCCUCUUCUGAUCUUUGUCCACGGCUGGCCAGCCAUUGGCAAGCUAUGGAAACCACAGAUGGAUGCUUUCGCCGCCAUGGGCUUCCGAUGUGUUGCUCCUGACAUGCCAGGCUACGGCAAGUCUACAGCUCGCAAAGUCAUCGAAGACUACGCCCAAGAACAGAUCAACAUUGGCAUGCUCGCAUUGCUGAAGGACACAGGCCGCGACAAGGCUGUCUGGAUCGGUAGAUCACCUCACACCGUCCCACAUUCGAUGACGAACUAA